ACAAGCAGGCAACUGGAUGGGAGGCGGAGCAGCUGAGACACAAACCCGCUACACCACAAUGCCGGCCCCAGGGGUUAUACCUCUUUAAAUUGUGAGGACUGGAGAGAUGGUCUUUGCAUUUGUAGGAGAUAUGAACAGAAGAGGACCCCAGGGGUGUUUGUUUAAGUCUGGACUGUGUGUGAAAGACUAUGCCCAGCAAGGAGCGUGUUUGACACCAUCCCAGUGAAGCCUAGAACCCUGAGUCGAGAACUCUCUCUCCUGCUUCCCCCAGAGAGCAAGACUGUCCGCAGCUGUGAGGCUUGAGCAGCAUCCCUCAUGACUACCUGACGUUUCUGCGAGGUCCACAGGGUUCGUGCGAGUUGCAAACAUGUUCACCGUGUCUCAGACCUCAAGAGCAUGGUUCAUCGACCGGGCCCGACAGGCACGAGAGGAACGGCUGGUGCAGAAGGAGCGGGAACGCGCCAUCCUAGCGAUCCAAGCUCACGUGCGGAGUUUCCUCUGCCGGCGUCGCCUGCAUAAAGACAUCAGGAGAGAGAUCGAUGAGUUUUUUAAAGCAGAUGAUGCUGGGAGCAGUAAAAGAAGUGCACUUUGUAUUUUUAAGGUUGCCAGGAAGCUGCUGUUCUUGUUCAGAAUUAAAGAGGAUAACGAGAGAUUUGAGAAGUUGUGUCGCAGCAUCCUGAGCAGCAUGGAUGCCGAGAGCGAACCCAAGGCGUGGUACGUGUCUUUGGCUCUUUCCAAGGAUCUCACCCUCCUGUGGAUCAAACAGAUCAAGGACAUUCUGUGGUAUUGCUGUAUGUUUCUUGAGCAGCUCAAGCCUGAAAUCUUGCAAGACUCCAAACUCAUCACCCUGUACCUCACCAUGCUCGUCACCUUCACUGACACCGCAACGUGGAAAAUUCUGCGGGGAAAAGGCGAGAGCCUUCGGCCAGCCAUGAACCACAUGUGUGCAAAUAUAAUGGGACACCUCAACCAGCGUGGGUUUUACCCUGUGCUGCAGGUGUUGUUAACACGAGGCCUGGCGAGACCACGGCCUUGCCUGUCCACAGGCAUGUUGACAGCGGCCUUCUCCCUGGCACUACGCCCUGUGAUUGCUGCCCAGUUUUCGGACAAUCUACUUCAACCAUUCCUCAUCCACAUCAUGGCUGUGCCUGCUCUCAUCACCCACCUCAGCACAGUGACCCCUGAGCGUCUCACCGUUUUAGAAUCUCAUGACAUGUUUCGUAAGUUCAUCCUGUUCCUAAGAGACAAGGAUCGGUGCCGUGAUGUAUGUGAAAGUUUAGAGGGAUGCCAUACCCUUUGUCUAAUGGGCAACCUCCUGCAGCUGGGCUCACUCAACCCCCGCGUGCUGGAGGAGGAGACGGACGGGUUUGUGAGUGUGCUCACCCAGAUGCUGUGCUACUGCCAGAAGUAUGUGUCACAGAAGAAGUCCAACCUGACGCAUUGGCACCCCGUCCUUGGCUGGUUCUCCCAGUCUGUGGAUUACGGCCUCAACGAGUCGAUGCACUUGAUCACCAAACAACUGCAGUUCUUGUGGGGGGUGCCCCUCAUCCGCAUCUUCUUCAAAGACAUCCUGAGCAAGAAACUGCUGGAGAACCAGGAACCUGCCCACACACAGCCACCGCCAGCUGCGACAACAUCCCCGCAGAACGUGCUUCCGAUGAAGAGCCUCCUGAAGCGUGCAUUUCAGAAGUCUGCGUCAGUUCGCAACAUCCUCAGGCCUGUUGGGGGCAAGCGUGUCGACUCUGCCGAGGUACAGAAGGUCUGUAACAUCUGUGUCCUCUACCAGACCUCGCUGACGACGCUCACCCAGAUCCGCCUGCAGAUCCUCACAGGUCUCACUUACCUCGAUGACCUGCUGCCCAAACUGUGGGCAUUCAUCUGUGAGCUGGGGCCCCACGGAGGGCUCAGGCUCUUCCUGGAAUGCCUAAACACGGACACCGAGGACUCCAAGCCACUUUUGUCCAUGCUGAUGCUGUUCUGUGACUGUUCCCGGCACCUCAUCACGAUCCUCGAUGACAUUGAAGUUUAUGAAGAGCAGAUCUCGUUCAAACUGGAAGAGCUGGUCACCAUCUCCUCUUUCCUGAAUUCCUUUGUCUUUAAGAUGAUCUGGGAUGGCAUCGUAGAGACCGCCAAAGGUGAGACCCUGGAGCUGUUCCACUCUGUCCACGGGUGGCUGAUGGUGCUCUACGAGCGGGACUGCCGGCGGCGCUUCGCCCCCGAGGACCACUGGCUGCGCAAGGAUCUCAAACCCAGUGUGCUCUACCAGGAACUCGACAAGGACAGGAAGCGGGCCCAGCUGAUCCUGCAGUACAUCCCUCACGUCAUUCCUCACAAGAACAGAGUCCUCUUGUUCCGCAACAUGGUUACCAAGGAGAAGGAGAAGCUGGGGCUUGUGGAAACCAGCUCUGCCUCCCCACACGUCACUCACAUCACUAUCCGCCGGUCCCGGAUGCUGGAGGACGGCUAUGAGCAGCUUCGACAGCUGUCCCAGCACGCCAUGAAAGGUGUGAUCCGCGUCAAGUUUGUCAGUGACCUUGGGGUGGACGAGGCGGGUAUCGACCAAGACGGCGUCUUCAAGGAGUUCUUGGAGGAGAUUAUCAAGAGGGUCUUUGACCCAGCACUCAACCUGUUCAAGACAACCAGUGGGGACGAGAGACUGUACCCUUCACCCACGUCCUACGUCCAUGAGAAUUACCUGCAGCUCUUUGAGUUUGUGGGCAAGAUGCUGGGGAAGGCUGUGUAUGAGGGCAUCGUAGUGGACGUGCCCUUCGCCUCCUUCUUCCUGAGCCAGCUGCUCGGGCACCACCACAGUGUCUUCUACAGCUCCGUGGACGAGCUUCCUUCUCUGGACUCGGAGUUCUAUAAAAACCUCACCUCCAUCAAGCGCUACGACGGAGACAUCUCUGACCUGGGCCUGACGCUGUCUUACGACGAGGACGUUAUGGGCCAGCUUGUGUGUCAUGAACUGAUUCCUGGAGGAAAAACCAUCCCUGUCACAAAUGAAAAUAAAAUUAGCUACAUCCAUCUGAUGGCUCAUUUUCGAAUGCACACUCAAAUUAAAAACCAGACAGCUGCACUCAUUAGCGGGUUCCGCUCUGUCAUCAGACCCGAGUGGAUCCGAAUGUUCUCGACCCCUGAGCUGCAGCGGCUCAUCUCUGGCGACAAUGCUGAAAUUGACCUGGAAGAUUUAAAGAAGCACACCGUGUACUACGGCGGUUUUCACGGGAGCCACAGGGUCAUCAUCUGGCUCUGGGAUAUCCUGGCCUCCGACUUCACGCCUAACGAGAGAGCCAUGUUCCUGAAGUUUGUGACGAGCUGCUCCAGGCCACCACUGCUGGGAUUCGCCUACCUCAAGCCUCCCUUCUCCAUCCGCUGCGUGGAAGUAUCGGAUGAUCAGGACACUGGGGACACCCUGGGCAGCGUCCUUCGGGGCUUCUUCACUAUCCGCAAGCGGGAGCCGGGUGGCCGGCUGCCCACCUCCUCCACCUGCUUCAACCUGCUCAAGCUGCCCAACUACAGCAAGAAGAGCGUGCUCCGGGAGAAGCUGCGCUAUGCCAUCAGCAUGAACACGGGCUUUGAGCUCUCCUAGCACCCGGCCCCUGCAGGGCUCCUGGUGGUGGUGCAACCAUCAGGCCAGGUGGCCUCAGUGCCCGACCCCCUCUCUACAGCCAUGAGACUCUCCUAUUGGCCUGCAGAAGUUUGUACGCAGGUGCCGACACUACCCACACCCUCCAGGUGGUGCCCACAGGCAGGGGCUGCUGAAAAUAAAGCUCCAGGUUCCACCCACACUGGUCCCCUGUUCCUGCAACCACCACCACCCCACCCACCGGUCGGAGGGCCCCUGGAGCUAGGCCCAGCCACAGCAGAGAGGCUGCCUUUUUGGAUGGCUGGGACUUCUGAGAGUGUGUCCACCCUCAGCCCUCUGAGUGAGAGAGCCAAGUCCAGGGACUCCAGGCUCCCCAAGAGGCUGUGACAACAGGCCAUGCACACACCCAAUAUGCCCUCCACAUGCAACCCCUUUCUUCUGUUUCUGAAACUGCUUCACUCAGGUCAGGCCUUGCCAAACCUCUAUGCAGCCGGCAGCCUCUGCCUCCAUCCUGGGCCGCACAGACAGAUGCCAGGAGAUCUUGAAGCCAUGAGGCCUGCCCUACAUUCCCUGUCCUCUCUCUUUGGAGCUCUCCCUGGCUGGGUCCCCUCUUGGGCCUUCAUGCAGCCAGCAGAAUAGCUCUGUGUGCACAAUGUGGUGGCAGCUGCCCCUUAUCCUUCUUGGGGUCUCCCGAGAAAACAUGCACUCGGCUGGGCUCCCUGUCCUGCGUGGCAAUGACUCCACAGGUCUAGCUGCCAAGCCUGCCCCAGCACUGGGAACCCAGGAGCUCUUUGUCCGAAGAGGCUCCUGAGGCUGAGGAAAUGGGAUUUGUGCCCUCCUUCUUUCCCUUGCUCAGGAGACCUUUCUCUUGAGACUCUCCCAGCAGCCAGCACUGAUGGCCAUCCACUCCAUGCCAUGUCCUCAUGCCCCUGUGUGCACCCCACACCCACCACACCAGGAUAGGGGUGCCUGGCCACACCUUUACCUGGUGGUGCCAGCUUCAGGCCCACAGCUUUCUUCAAAACCACAGCGUACCAUCCACCAAGAACCUGCAUGUUGGCAGCAAAGCAGGCAAGACCCAUCCAUCCCUGCACAGCCUCCUCUGGAUAGAUUCAGCCAGGUCUGGGCCUGAGCCUUCUUGGGGCAGGGAGGACUCAGACACAAAGCUGGUGAGCAACUACAAGACAGGAAUUUGCUAAUUAUUUAAGAUCUGCCAGUACCUCUGAUCUGUGGACUUUGCACUUUCUCUAACCCCUUGACGCCUUUGAAGACUUCUUCCAGAUGUGUGUGCACUGAGCUAGUUUGUACAUAAAUGCUGGGACCUACACAGGGUCAGGGUGGAGGGGCAAGGGGUCCCGUCCUAAUGUGUGUAUCCCCUGACAACAGGAGCCAGCGCAGGUCCAGGGAGGGUGGCUCACAAGCCCCAGCAUCUCCCCCACGACCCCACCCCUGCUGUCUUCUUGCCCAGGACUUCUUUCCAACAGCAGAGAGAUCCUGUGCUGAAUCUGUGCUUUGGUAGCUGGUGUUCGCUGACACCACAGUGGCUCUUGAUGGCUCAGAAGAGUCGCAGGAUCCUCCGUCUCCCUGUCUUCCUGCUGGAGGUGCGGUCAGCGGCUUGAUUAAAUUUGUACUUUGGCACCA